UCCACCCCCGGCUACCAUUUUUGAGCUGAGGGACACGGCGCUCGCGAAGAGAAUCCUCAAUUUUAUGUAUAUUUCUCCGUGUAAAUAAACUGUAGAUUCUCUGCUGAAAAAUCGCGACACACAGCUGAAGCAACCUCUGAAAUUGUAACAUACAUUCUUAGUUGAAGCCCGUUCGGAUAGUGGCUAGAGUUGAACCUCGCGUUUUAUUUCACGUUUUAACUUUACUAAGCGGCGUUUCCGCCGUUUUUUUUCUUUCGCCCUACUCACUCCCCCUGUAUGAGCAGGGGCCUGUAACGUUGGUUUAGCCACGAGGCGCGUCAGAUCAACCGGAAUUGGGCGAUGGCGGAGUUCGGUAACGGACUGGACUCGGGAAUGACGGAGGAAUCAUUGUUGGACUCAGACCCAGGGCAUCCAGAACUAGAAGAUCCGGGUGUUGGCGAUGAGGAACCGGGCUUAGAAGAGGGGGAGGCCGCGAUCGAGGACCCGGAGCUCGAGGCGAUCAAAGCCAGGGUGCGAGAGAUGGAGGAGGAAGCAGAAAAGCUGAAGGAGUUACAGAAUGAGGUGGAGAAACAGAUGAACCUCAGCCCUCCACCAGCCGGUCCUGUCAUCAUGUCCAUUGAGGAGAAAAUGGAAGCUGAUGCGAGAUCAAUCUACGUUGGAAACGUGGAUUAUGGAGCCACAGCAGAGGAGCUUGAGGCCCACUUCCACGGCUGUGGCUCCGUCAACAGAGUCACCAUCCUGUGUGACAAGUUCACAGGCCAUCCAAAAGGGUUUGCCUAUAUCGAGUUUUCAGACAAGGAGUCUGUGAGAACGGCCAUGGCUUUGGACGAGUCCCUGUUCAGAGGCAGACAGAUUAAGGUGGGCGUGAAGAGAACCAACAGGCCAGGCAUCAGCACCACAGACCGCGGGUUCCCCCGGGCCCGUUUCCGCUCACGAGGGGGGAACUUCAACUCGUCACGCGCACGCUACUACAGCGGCUACACACCGCCCAGAGGCAGAGGACGGGCCUUCAGGGGCCGAGGGCGAACAACAUCGUGGUAUUCCCCUUACUAAUAACCCCACCCCCUUACUAUCACUCCCCGUCCCCAUACAAAAAAGAAUGGAAAAAAAAAAAAAAUCCCCCCCCCCCCCCCAAUAAAGGAAGGAAACCCCUGAGAAGACAAAAAAAAAAAGACAAAAAAAAAAACUUCUCCUGGACAGACUGGCCGCAGUGUGCGAUUGUGUGUGAGUGUGCGGUGCGGUCACCCUGGUAAGGUAUAACAUGGCCGUGGGGGAGAUCUGAUGGCAUUUCUUUUUGAGAAGAUGUUAUCUCAGGCUGCAGAUGUGUCUCUUUUGUCUGGCUGUGACCCUCACACCCAACACAGCCCCCCACCCACCCCCUCCAAAAAAAAAAUGCUUACAUUCAAAAAAGCAAACAUCUAUGAUAAAGGAGUUUGUUCUGUUCUUUUUUUAAAUGUACCGUUCAUGUGAAACUUCCAAUAGCAAGAAUGUUUUUUGUUUUUUUUUCUAAGUUGUGGUAUUGGAGUUUUCAUAUUCCCUUGUAUGUUUUCUGACCAGUUGCCACUCACCCAACCCCUUUAACUUGUUACUUUGGUUACCAUCUUUUCCCUCUGGCUCCAUCCCACGCUCUUGUGUUCAGUAUCUUCCAGCUCUUGGUCAUCCUGACAGCGACUGCCAUUCAGUGUUCGGCGGGCGGGGGGGGGGGGGGGCACAUCUUAUUUUAAUUUUCUAUUGUAACGUCCCUUGUAAGCCCAUAGAAUUCACCCCAAGAAGGCAUGGCCAGAGCUUUACCAACCUUUCUGUUAUUAUUUUUUUUUUAUUCCGGGGGUGGUGGUAUUUUUUUCCUCCUUUGCGCUCCUGCCUUCUUCAUGUUCCAUUUGUCCUUUUACCUCUCCAUGUCUCCCUCUCUUUCUCCCUCUCUCUGUAUAUUAGACCACUUCUUGUCGUUUCAGGUUUCAGGACCAGUGGAGGCUGACAACCCCUCCCCCGG